UGUAAGGGAUGAAAAAUGGAGAGCCAGAUAGGCACCGAGCAGUUACGGGGGUUUAAUGUACUCAUUGACACUGACAGCAUGUCUCAAAUAACAGCGAUAAGAAGCCUGCUUUGUCAAUGAACCAAUCCUCAGCUGACACUUAUUUCCCUCAUGCAAAGAAUCCAUCCCAUUCACAGUGCUGUAUAGGCAGCCGGGGAUUUCCUUUUUUUUUUCCUUAUGCUUUAAUCAAAGGGGGAAAAAUAUUAUUUCCACCCCUGUGCAGUAAAUAAGAAAAAAAAUCUGCAUCUCCACCAUUCCAAAAAAAAAAAAAACACAUGAUUCAUAAAUGUGAAGAAAUGUAUGGAUAACGUGAUGCAAGUGGAUACGACAACUGGGAAAGUAGAGACCCGGGUCAUCACUCGGAACCCUCUCACCUCCGUAAAAUACUUCUUGGACAUAGUUGACAACUAUGCGUAACGACGCGUGCCUCUAGUGGCACCGUGGAAGGAGGGUCGUCAGACACACGCAGAUGCAAGGCGCUCUGCACUACCUUCCUGUCCAGCACAAACUAGAGGGUUUUUUUUAAAUGAACGCUGUGUAACAAAGAGUCUUUUUGAACACGUUUGGACGUUCCUCAAUAACCAGCCUCGUGCCAUCGCCGUGCGCAACUGGAGAGAGAGAGCGCCUUUUGCACCUGCACAAAGUCUCUCUGUGUUACACGAACUGUUCUCAUCACUGGAACGAGGGACUGGAGUGAUUAAACUGCAACAAGCAUUUUUUGAAUGUCUGCAGAGCGUUCAAAUUCCUCGGCGCUCGUCGUGUAACGCUUUUCUGUGUUUCGGGGCGACAGAAUCAUUCGAGGCGACCCAAAGUUCCGCAGGCGCAGUUCUCCUCUUCCACAGCGGUGCGGGAGUCUGUCUCGGCUGUUGCCGUGGUACUUGCCAAUAGACAGAUAGCAUCGGCGGUAGGAGGGGAUACAGAGACUCCUGCAGGCUAAUUGUAGCAGCCUGCGUUCGCAGGUGUAUCGCUGAUCCAUCUGUGAGGGACUGGAGGGCUUCAUCCAGACCGAGCCGCUCUCAGACUUGUGAGUACCAGAAAAAGAAAAAAAAAAAAAACCCUGGGAGAAUGUUGCACCAAGUACAAUGACCGCAAAUUUGUCGCAGACACCAAAAUCCAUAUAUGCUCCGUCGAAUUCAGUUUUGAUGAGCAAUUCUGAGCCGUCUUUGGAAUUUUAAAAAGUGGAUCCCGCGACUUUACAACCAUGCGAAACACUUGGCUGUCUCCCCGGAGUGCGAUUUGGGAAUACUGGACAUCGCUGAUUGCAUGUCUCUUUUGGAUUCACUACUCUUACGGGAUGCCUCAUGUUAUUCGAAUAGGUGGGAUUUUUGAGCAAACAGAUGGACCUGUUUCACUCGUAAGCGCGGAGGAGCUUGCCUUUAAAUUUGCUGUCAAUAACAUUAACAGAAACAGGACUUUGUUGCCAAACACAACAUUAACAUAUGACAUACAGAGGAUCAAUAUCUACGACAGCUUUGAAGCAUCGAGAAAAGCUUGUGACCAGCUGUCUUUAGGUGUGGUUGCAAUAUUUGGGCCCUCACACAGCUCGUCAUCGAACGCUGUGCAGUCCAUCUGCAAUGCACUGGAAGUGCCGCACAUCCAGGUGCGGUGGAAACAUCACCCGAUGGACAACAGGGACACCUUUUACGCAAAUUUAUACCCGGAUUACUCAUCGCUAAGCUAUGCUAUCCUGGACCUGGUGCAGUUUCUCAAAUGGAAGACAGCCACUGUUGUAUAUGACGAUAGCACAGGCCUCAUAAGACUACAGGAGCUGAUAAUGGCCCCGUCUAGGUACAACAUCAGACUAAAGAUCCGCCAACUUCCUCUUGACACGCAGGACACGAGACCCCUUCUCAAAGAAAUGAAGAGGAGUCGGGAGUUCCGCAUCAUCUUCGACUGCAGUCACCACAUGGCUGCGCAGAUUCUCAAACAGGCCCAGACCAUGGGGAUGAUGACAGAGUAUUACCACUAUAUCUUCACCACUCUGGACUUGAUGGCCAUUGACCUGGAGCCAUAUCGCUUCUGCGGUGUCAACAUGACCGGCUUUCGUAUCCUCAACGUGGAUAAUCCCCAGGUUGCAACCAUCGUGGAGAAAUGGUCGAUGGAAAGGCAGAUACCGCCUAAACCGGAUUCUGGCCUGCUGGAGGGCAUCAUGACGACAGAUGCAGCUCUGACCUAUGAUGCAGUCCACAUUGUAUCCGUCUCAUACCAGCACGCUCCGCAGAUGACGGUAAACUCGCUGCAGUGCCACCGCCAUAAACCCUGGAGAUUUGGAGGGCGCUUCAUGAGUUUCAUCAAAGAGUCCCACUGGGAUGGAUUGACGGGGAGACUGUCAUUCAACAAGACAACCGGUCUACGUACAGACUUCGACCUGGACAUCAUCAGUCUAAAGGAGGAUGGACUUGAAAAGGUGGGGAAGUGGAGUGCGUCGGGAGGUCUUAACAUCACAGAAGUGCCGAAGCGAAAAGGGAUGAACAUCACCGAUUCCCUGGCCAACCGCUCCCUCGUCAUCACCACCAUCCUGGAGGAGCCAUAUGUCAUGCUUAAGAAGUCUGACAAGGCGCUGGUUGGGAACGACCGUUUCGAAGGAUUUUGCAUCGACUUGUUAAAAGAGCUCUCCAACAUCCUGGGCUUCACCUAUGAGAUCCGUCUGGUGCCGGAUGGGAAAUACGGCUCUCAGGAUGACAAGGGCCAGUGGAACGGCAUGAUCAGGGAACUUAUAGAACAUAGAGCAGACCUGGCAGUGGCUCCUCUCACCAUUACCUACAUGCGUGAAAAGUUCAUUGACUUCUCCAAGCCCUUCAUGAGCAUGGGCAUCAGCAUCCUGUAUCGCAAACCUAAUGCCACCAACAACGGCUUCUUCUCCUUCCUGAACCCAAUGACUCCCGACAUCUGGGUCUACAUCCUCCUGGCCUACUUAGGUGUUAGCUGUGUCCUUUUUGUUAUUGCCAGGUUCAGUCCAUACGAAUGGUACGACGCCCAUCCUUGUAACCCUGGAUCAGAUGUGGUGGAGAACAACUUCACCCUCCUCAACAGCUUCUGGUUUGGAGUCGGUUCCUUAAUGCAACAAGGCUCAGAACUGAUGCCCAAAGCCCUGUCGACCAGGAUCAUCGGUGGGAUCUGGUGGUUCUUCACGCUCAUCAUUAUAUCAUCCUACACAGCCAAUUUAGCAGCUUUUCUCACUGUGGAGAGAAUGGACUCGCCUGUGGACUCAGCUGAUGACAUCGCCAAGCAGACAAAGAUUGAGUACGGUGUGGUCAAAGACGGCGCAACCAUGUCCUUCUUCAAGAAAUCUAAGGUUUCUACUUUUGAGAAGAUGUGGGCCUUUAUGAGCAGCAAGCCAAGCACAUCACUGGUGAAGUCUAUCGAAGACGGGAUUCAGAGGGUGCUGAAGUCAGACUAUGCCCUCAUUAUGGAGUCCACCACUAUCGAUUACAUCACUAGGAGGAACUGUAAUCUGACGCAGGUGGGAGGGCUCAUCGACAGCAAAGGCUAUGGCAUCGGCACUCCCCUCGGCUCCCCGUACAGGGACAAAAUCACCAUAGCAAUCCUAAGCAUCUUGGAGGAUGGGCGCCUACACAUGUUGAAGGAGAAGUGGUGGAGUGGGAGCAGCUGCUUGGAUGAAGAGCGUCGGGAGACAGGCCCCAUGGGUAUCCAGAACCUGGGUGGUAUAUUCAUUGUGCUGGCAUCUGGCCUAGUGCUGUCUGUUUUUGUGGCGAUUGCUGAAUUCAUCUACAAGCUUAGGAAGACUGCAGAGCGCGAACAGGUCUUUGUGCAGUGCCAUGGUGGACGAGAUCAGACUGUCGUUCACCUGCGAGAGGCGGGUGAAACACAAGCCUCAGCCUCCAGUCAUGGUGAAGACGGAUGCAGUGAUCAACAUGCACGCCUACAACGACCGACGACUCCCAGGAAAGGACAACAUGAGCUGCAGCACUGGGAUGACUCCUGUCUUCCCAUGACAAUGUGUUCCCCCCAGGCCAAGAACCUCAUGAGCAACGUGUCAGGGGCAGUGCCAGAGACUAGAGACAAUGGCAUAGAUGGGAUCACCAGAUACACCAUUAACCACAGUGACAUAGGGACACUAACAAAACAUGGGCAACUCAAAAUGGCAGCAUCAGCCACACAGGUAUGACAACAUUCACCACUGUAAUCCUAACCACAAGAGGGAAAAGAAAUAUUCGGGGGAGGUUCUGGGAAAACGGUACACCCAAAUAAUCAGUUUGAAGUCUGAUGUUUACGUGCGCAACACAAAAACACAAGAAAAUACACACCAUUCGAGGAAUCCUCAAUCAGUGAAAAGACUGAGAAUUUUAUUGGACUGAAGUAGGACGAAAGGCUUUGAUGAGAAUGGCAAUAAAUGACAGAUAUACAAGAAGACAAGAAAGAGCAGUUUUCAUUGGAAAUCAGUUUUGCCACACAUGAAAAUUAUGAUACCAAGUUCUUACCUUUAUCCUGUUGAUUUACACAAACUCCUGAAUGGCCUUUGACAGCAGAAAAUAAUGUUACCUCAAACAUGUUGUCUAGGCUUAAUGGUUCCCUUUGAGUCGUGAGCUGCAGGAUAUGAGAGCGGAUCUUUGGAAAGCACGGUUCACAGGGGCAUCUACAAUAACCUGUAAGAAUACUCUGUUACUGGUGGAAACCAUUAGAGAGCCACAACUGUUCAGCAGUAAAUUCAAGUUUGACGAAGUUAUGAUGUGUAAUUAUCUAUACGGUGGCACACAAGCAAAUAAUCAUUGAUGCAAAACAAAGUUGCAACGGGGAGACAUCCAUAUUAAAAAACAAGAGAUUCUGCCAUGGACUAUUGGAUCACAGUGUUUGUGGGAUUAGAUUUAUUUGACUAGAAGUACAUUUUAUUUCAAAAAUGACUUUGUAUAUGAUAUAGUUCUAAUCAUUUAAAUUGCCAAAGACAUGAUCAUUCAACAGAACGAUAUACAGACCAGGGUGAGCCAGUCAUUUCAUGUUCAGUGCAAAGUAAAUUGGAGUUGUUUAAAUGUGACUACAAAGGGAUCUUACCAACCAUGCAGGGUAAUAUGUAGCAGGAUAAUCGUAGUUUGCACAGUCACAGUACUGUGUUUGUUGGUGUUGCAAAACACCGCCCCUCAAAAUAUUACUAUCAACACUGUAAUGUAAAAAAAAAAAAAAAAAAAACAAUGCUAAAAAUAUAUAGUAAAGAAGGCUAACAGAUGAACUUCCUGAUCCAGUGCCUACAUUAAAAACAUUAAUUUGGUCCUCUGUAAUUUCAAAAAGCAUAAUUACUGAAAUGUUGAAUUAUCACAUGAAGUCUAAUCUCACUUUUCAAACAUUGCGUCAAUUAAAUGGUAGCAGGGUAUACAACGGAAUGGAUGGCAUUAGAUUGGGUAUUCGUGUUUAUAUAUUGGCUCAAUAAAAGAAAAAAAACAAGUAAAGGCACGGAGGCACAAAGGUAAGACUGUGACCUUAAAACUAAAGUGCAUUUUUCAGUGCAUUUAAUUGUGACAUAUUUAUCAAACUGCGUGCUGCUCUUUGCGCUUGUGUGGCUACAGCACCACUGAAUGUCCCGAGUACUUCUGAACACAUUUUUCAACAAUUACUUAAUUUUUCACUUGAUCUAGAGGCUUUUGGCAGGAAACCGGUUGUUUUUGCAUUAUGAGUUUUUAUGAAAACUGGCCAAGGAGUUGGUUUUAAAUAAGAAAACAUGUUCAAAGUUAUCUCAGACUUUUUUUCUUUUUUCACUACCUGAUGUGAACAGAGUAAUUCCAUACUUGUAGUUUGUGAACGUGCUGAAAGAAUGUGGUGAGUAGAUGGUGAAUAGACAGAAGACAGAUGAUGAUUUUGUGUGUUCCUGUUAAUGCCUAUCAAGUAAGUGUACAUCUUCAACAAGUGUCAUGCUGUAUGAAGAUUCGAGGAGUCUGUGAGCUGCUGUCACCUGGGAGCUGAACAAACAGCAAACCUCUGUGAGGUUUACGUUGUCGAUAUGUCGAGACAAAAAAAAAAAAAAAAAAAUCUUAACUAUCUAUGAUUCAAGGAAACUCCAAUCUGUAAAACUUAGCAUUGGUUUGGUAGAGAUUCACUGUAUAAUCGUUUAUCGAUUCCCUUCUGCAAAGUAGAGUAUGUAGAUAAGAUCAGCAGGAGAAAAUGUAUUUUGCUAAAUUUAUACUGUUAUAAAUGAAUUCUGUUCACAGUCAAAUAUGUUAUAGAUGAUAUUUAUUUCAUUAGAGAGGUCACUUUAACCUAAUUCCUCACUUUACCCAAGUACCACAGCCCCAAAACUCUGUUUAUUUAUUUAAUGAAAACACAUUAUAUUAUGGUGUAUUGGAUUACUGUCAUCCAGAUGGGAAAAAUGUAUGUAAAUCCUCUUUUAUGAUGGCUAAUAUAUUUCUACAAGGUGAACAUGAAAUGGAAAUGUUAAACUUCCCUGAGAAUUUAGGGGACACUCCCUUAGAGUAGGGUUUUAUCUUAUGUAACUGGACCUUUACUCCUCUUGAAAAUCCAAUUAGGACCUGGUCUAAAGUAUGGCCGCAGCUGAUACGUGGUUAUACUGUAUUACUGUUACCCUCAUGUGUACUGUAGCUUUUCAUGCAGGUGAUUCUAAGACUCAAGUUUGCUUGUAUUUCACUUCUGUAAUAUGUGAAAAGAAUUGAAAACGUCAUAAUCAAAAUUAGUUGGAAUUACAACAGGGUUUCUGAUUUGGCUGAUUCAGUCAGUUUGGUUACUGAAUAUAUAUAUCUUUUUAUAAAUUAAUGUGAAUAAUAAUGUCAUUUUACACAAAAUUGUAUGAAAUGUGAGAGAAAAGUAAUGCAAAAUGUAAGCUACAUAACCUGUGUUCAUUUAGCAGUGUGUGAGUUUUGAUUUUCCAGCAGUCAUGACGGUAUGCCUUUUAUGGACACCUUUCUUUUCAGUUGCACAGCUUCUAUCAUUUGGCAGAAAACCUCUCAAACAAUACGAUAAAUAUGUUGGUGCCAACCAGGGUUUUCUUUGUGGACAUGCAGAAUUUCUAUGAAUAUAGUUUUUGUAAGGUUUUGUAAAAAAAAAAGGAAAAAAAAAGAUUUUCUUUUCCUAGUAACUGUAUGUGUUAAUAGAACAUUAGAAUAACUGGCAUCUCAGUAAAACAUGGGGAUUCAAUUCAACAAAAUGUUAUAGAAAAGCUACUGAAUUAUUUUCUUUUUAACACACUGUGAAUAAUUCAAUUGUACAGUUUGCUGUAUGGGUUAUAUGAAGUUUUAAAUAAAAAAUACAAACUA